ACCCACACAAUCUACAGACCCACACACAUCUACAGACAAGCAUACGCACAUCACCCCCCUCUCUCCCUCUCCCUCUUCCCCUCAGUUUUCUUCCUCUCUACCCCUCUCUCUCUCUCCAUCUCCCCUUGUCUGUCAGUGUGAUCAAUGGCUUGACUUCCUCCUUUUGGUACGGCUGUAGGCUGUAUACAAGAACACAGGACUCGCCUGGUGCUGCUCACAGUUUCACAGCAGCAGCAGCAGCCAUCAGUGCUUAAAGACAAUUAUAUCUAGAAAACACGCCGGAUUCCCUCCGCAGUCAAGAUGAGUGCAGGGGAUGUGGUCUGCACCGGCUGGCUCAUCAAAUCUCCCCCUGAGAAGAAACUAAAGAGAUACGCAUGGAGAAGACGUUGGUUUGUUCUUCAAAGAGGACGUAUGAGUGGGAACCCAGAUGUGUUGGAGUACUACCGAAACAAGACCUCAAAGAAGCCCAUCCGCACCAUCGACCUGAGAGAGUGUGAGGUUCAGAUGCAGACGGAGCAACGCCUGGUCAAAAGGGAGUUCCAGAACCAGCACCUCUUUGUUGUCAAGACGUCGUCUCGCCUGUUCUACCUGGUGGCCAAGACUGAGGAGGAGAUGAACAGUUGGGUCAGUCAGAUCAGGGAGAUCUGUCACUUUGGACCUCUGAGUCUGGAUGAUGGGACAGAGGAAGGUUUUUUGCACACCCCAACCUCCCAGCAGCCUUCACCUGCUCUCUCCCGAAAUAUGUCAUUCACUUCCAACCAUGACUUCAUGGCCUAUGGUAACAGCAGAGUGGAGAUGCCCAGUCAGAUGGAACCCAACCAUCCAAUGGACUACCUCUUCCUCUCACAGUGUGAGACAGGGAGGUUCAGCAUCUUUAGAUGCGACAGCUAUUCAAACUCUGAGCGAUCUCUGGAACAGAAUUCAUCAGAUGCUACUACAGAAGAUGUCUUCUCUUCACCUGAUCCUUCUCGGUCUCCCUUUCCCCACACUGGACCAUCUCUGUCCCCCUUCCCCCACAUAAGGACGCAUGACCCCCCUUUCAGCGCCCCAUGUGGCCCCACGUCAUCCUCUUCCUCUCCUCUUCCUCUCCACCGUGCACCCAACGUCUUCCAGUUUGACAAGCCAUAUUCUUCUGCCAUAUUGGAGGUAACCACUGAUGGACUAACUCCCCCUCCUCUGCCCCCCAAGCCUAUACACCUCUCAGAGCACCUCAGUGAUGAGGGCUCCCAUAGGCCUCUGGGUGGGUUUGGGCAGUGGCUCACAGGCCAACCUGCACUCAUCCCCCGGAGGAUCUCUCUGUCAGGCCUGCCAGACCACUUUAGAAGAGAAGACAUUGAGGGGAGUGCACUGAGGAGCAGGAACAAAAGGCUCAGUCUUAAUUUGCCACGUUUCAUUGCCACUCAAAGUCCAAACUGCCAUGAGGACUCGUACGUGCCCAUGGCCUCUCCGCCUGUCUGUGUUGGUGAAGAUGUAUCGGAUGGCUACAUCCCUAUGAGCCCCACUCCAAUCAGCUUCCUCAAGGUUAACGGCAAAACAGAGGCCCCUCUCGCUCCCACCCCCUUUCCCACUGCAGGUCUACCUGGGGAUCCAGAACCACCUCCAAUCAACAGGGAUCUCAAACCACGCAGGAGAGCCCGGCCUCCACCACUGGACCUGAGGGGCCUGUCCACUAUAAGAGAAUGUCCAACUCAUAUGCCUUUGAUCAGAACCAUGACAGAGCCAGGAAAUUCACUGCAAGUCCUUCUGGAGAGAAGACAAGGACAGCUGGGAAUUAAAGAAGACCAAGAAGCCAGCAGCAUUCCAAUAGAGUCAAGGCAGCUGUUAUUCUCAACAAACGAGGGAGCCACCCAGCCGUGGUUUAGGAGAUCAAACCUUGACUACCUUUCACUGGAUUUCAAUUCCGCAUCCCCGUCUCCUGUGCAAAAGAAGCCCCUCCUUGCUGAUGAACACAGGGUGGACUAUGUGCAGGUGGAUGAGAAGAAGACUCAGGCCCUGCAGAACACUAAGAUGGAGUGGAAGGAUGUCCGGCAGUCUAAAGUGUAAAUCAGGUGGGAAAAAACAUAAUGACUUUCCAUUUCAUAAAACAAGCGGAGCAUAUGACAUUUGUCAUAAGAGAUGGUAGCUUACCUCAAAGAGAGCAGUUCUUCUUUCAUGUACAAAAUAAAAGCACUUUGAAAUGCAUCAGAUAUAAACAUCUAUGAGAGAAGAAAGUAGACGGUGCUGUCAAAGACAGUUUAAAUCACUGGUUUGUAGUUUGGGGGCAUCAGAAUUCACUGUACAAAUAUCACAUCAAAGUUACACUGUGAAUGUCACCUUACCAUGCACUGUGUCACAGUACUGUUUUUGUAUUAAAUGUUACGCAAUGAAAAGGACACUGCUCAUCUCUCAUUAUUUUGCUGAAACAGAUUGUAUGUAUUCUCAAUACACAGGAAUUCAAGGAUGCUGUUUUUAGACGAACAAUGGUCUGCGUAUGAGAGCAUCUUAAACCAAAUGAUCAGGUGUCUACAGUGCCUUGCAAAAGUAUUCAUCCCCCUUGGCGUUUUUCCUAUUUUGUUGCAUUACAACCUGUAAUUU